ACGUACUGAAGCUUUUUUAGUAGCUUUGCUCAUCCCGCCGAUCAUAUCGGGUUUGAAAACUUGAUCUUUGAAGCAGAAAAAUCAAAAGAGUAUACAACUUAGUUAUUUUACCACCAAUCUUUCAGCUGAUAUGACACGCGAUGGAGACGAAAUUCUCAAAGUUCGAUGGGGACACAAAAAAGCAGUAUUGGCUGGAGCCCACUGCUGCAGCACUGGCCAAACUAGAAGAAAUCCAGUCUUCGGUAGAACGCAUGAAGCCAGCCAGUUCCUUCAAUGUUCAGUCGGUGUGGCAUCCUGCCAGUUCAACACCCCCUCCGGCUUCUCCAUCGAGCUCCAAGCCAUCACCGUACACCGAGCUUGAGACGGAACCUCCACUUUCCACAGUCAGCAUCCAGAAAACAGCUUGGGGUAGCAAUAACUCCAUUCCGGAUCUUAUCAAGGCACAGGGGGAGAGACAGAAACAGAAAGGUGCCCCCAGGAGGCCAUGGAGUGGAAGGAAAGUGCCCCAAAGCCCCACCCUCCAGAGAAAGGGGGCCCCUGCUGGGGGUGGGGAUGACUCAAAUAGGGAUACUUCAGGGGCUUUUAUGGCAGUGAAAGGAGCUAAGUCUGUCAUGUACGAUGCCAGCUCCAGACCUCCUAGUGGCCGCUCCCACCAAUCUUCAUCCUCAUCCUCGACCACAGUCCCACAUGUUUCAUCUCAGGAUGUGUUUGAUAUGAUGGAAGCAGCAAACACUACAAAACAUACCCAUGGGGAGAGUGGUAUGCAAGGAGAGGACAAUGCGUUGGAGGAGUUCUUACGAAAUCAGCCAAAUGGACAUAAGCAUGAAUUAUCUAAGUUAUCAGCAGCCUAUGCUGAUGAAAGGAACAUUACUCCUCCUCCACCCCCUCCCUGUGCCUCUCCCGAUCUCGAGAAACUCAUCAACGGGGGCCUAGAUGAGGACAAUUUCUAUGCUGAUGUGGAUGAAGAUGAAGAUAGCGUGCAGGUCAAAGGUCACAGAGAAAAGGAGAGAGAAAGGGAAGAGUUAUACAUUAAGCAGCCUACCCAUGUCCCUCCGCCCUUGCUGCGCAGACCUACCCCCGAGCCAUUGAAACUGUCCAUGACUAUACCUGAUGCUGAAGGGGAAGAGCAAUAUUCCACUGAUGAAGAUAGAUCAUCAGGUGCACCAUCUCCUCAGCUCUCUCCUGACAUUGAGGUCCAGAGUGUUACAAGCGAUGUAUCCACCCAACUAACAGCUCAAUACAUUACCUCUCAACAGAAUAGUCCAGUCCACACCCACCCUAUCACACCACAAGGACCGUAUUCUACCAUUACCCAAAAUAGGGAAUAUGAAUUUGAUGGUGAAGAGGUAGAUGUGGAUGCACGUUCAUCUCGGAAAGGGAGACAGUCCGUGAAAUUUGUUGAAGAGAGGAACGUGACUUUUGAUAUCACACCUAGAGAUUGUGCAUCUUCUCAUAAACCUAGUCCCCCUUCUGUUAGUAAGGUCCAAAGGCCACGGAGUGCUUUAAAGAAUACAGGUGCCCGUAAGUCUAUUGUACAGAAAAAGAGACCGUCAUCUGCUGGUUCUAAAGGCAGCCAAGAAUCGGCAAAUGAAAACUCAUAUUCUUCAGGGCGCUUGGAUCAUGGCUUUAAUGAAGAUCAUUCAAAUAGAGAGCAUGUGGACGCACUAAACGUUACAAAUGAUGACAUAUUGGAUGCAAUAAACAAUAAUGGAAUAAGCCAGUUGCUUGAUAAUUUGAGCAAAUCAAGGAAGAAACAAGAGGUAGAAACCAUGAUGUCAAAAUUGAGUGUCUCUGAAGCCCAGGAGGCGACUGGUGACUCAACCAAAGCAACACGAGAAGUGCCACAGUCAGACAUUGUCCGAACUGUCCAGGUGUCCUCAUCGUCCUCAAAGACAAACUACUAUGAGAAGGCGAUACAGGCCAAGAAAAAGAGCAUGUACCAUCGGCAGAAUACACCCACCAGGACACUGACAACCAAGAUGAUUGAGUUUGGUGAUGAAGGCGUAUCCAUGGAAACCAAGGAAGUGUCAUACUUCCAAACACCGCCCUCGCAGGUCAAAGUAUCGAGGCCUACGUCGUCCAGAGGUCCUCGCAGGGGAUGGGAAGAACCCGGUGGAUCAGAGAGUAUCCACGUGAACAGACCAACCAUGGGAAAGAAAUCUUUUAUUGAGCAGCAGAUUGUGAGGCCAACAUCACGGUUAGGAUCGUAUCAAGAUUUAGAUGACCCUGAUCCCCAAGAUUUAAACAAGACAUCUUCUGCAUCUUCAGCCUCACAGAGAGCCAGACCAAAGUCUGCUGUCUUCAAAGCUAAAACUGAAGGGGGCCCUCACAAUUGCGCUAGAGGAAAGAGUCCAAACAGGGUUAAACCUCGUCCUCACUCUUCUUUUGUCAACUCAGACCCACCAAAGAAGCCCAUGAGACGAAGCUCAUCACCAUCAGCACAGAUGUACAGCAAUUCUAACAAGGCUCUUGUUCCUACUGUCAGGAAAAGCAAAGCUGAAGUCCAGAGGAAUCGUGAGGCAGUAAGAGCGCUGAAAGAUGGGUCUUUGAAGAAGACUAAGACAUAUGGAAAGCAAAUUGUAGCAGUGGAUGACAGGAUGCUUGUAGGCAGGACAUUGGCUGGAAAGGGACAGCAGAAUGAUGGCAAAGGAUCAGAUAGUGACAGUAUUGAUGAGUAUCCUAAGAGUAUGAGAGAGGAAGAAGUGUUUAAUUUACAUCGACACCUAACCAAAAGUGGAGUCAAGGUCACUUAUAAAGCACUGAAAAAGGGUCUUGUUGCUCCAGAUGAGAAGAGUAUCAAUGAUUGCCUCGAACAGUUGCCGAGCAAUGUCUCCCUCAAUUUGCUGAGUAAGCCCGAAGCCUGGCUUGGAGAAACUUACAGGAAUUAUCAGAUAGCUGAGAAUGCAUUAAGGAGGGCAGAAACUCAGAUUGCCAUCCAAGAGGAGAGGGCUCGCAUGGAGGCUGAGAAACUAGAACAGUCCUUGAAGAAAAACAAUGGCAAGAAGAAGAAAAAGAAGAAAGGCGGCAAGAUGAGGACCAAGUCCUCGGGCUCCACCAGGUCCACGUUAUCCUCGGCCAAGUCUCCCGGCUCUGCCAUCUUGCCAAGGUCAAAGGUCGCAGAGGGUGACAGGCCGAUAUCGGCAAUAUCGGCUUUGGGACUUGAUCCUGAUGAAAUUCUGAAUGGUGCUCUGUGAGUAUUUUGAUAGAAGGUACUAGUUCGACAGUCCCAUUGCCAUUAAAGACAAGAAUACACCCGCAUAAGCAAUAAGUGUUUGAAUUAUGUAAUGGGUGAAAUUCUCGGACACUUUGAGAGACAGUAGGUGCGUCAAAUAGGCAGACAAAUUUCAGUAAGUUAUUGUAAUUAUUGGAUUGAAGCACUUUUUAGUAGGCUGCACCACUGACACUACCCACCUCAUCAUGCUUCCUUUGUCUAAUUACAUGCUAUCAUCAUCCUUUUGAUCCAGGUAUAAUUAUUUGUAACUGACAUUUGGUCUAAUAGAUGUGUGGGCUAGUCAUGACUUGGUCUACUUUCCAAUUUAUUGUAGCUCAAAUGAACACUACUCCAAGUACAUUAAAAAUUAAUCUAAUAUAUUGAAAAUUAAUCCAAGUACAUUGAAAAUUAAUCCAAGUACAUUGAAAAUUAAUCCAAGUACAUUGAAAAUUAAUCCAAGUACAUUGAAAAUUAAUCCAAGUAUAUUGAAAAUUAAUCCAAGUACAUUGAAAAUUAAUCCAAGUACAUUGAAAAUUAAUCCAAGUACAUUGAAAAUUAAUUCAAGUACAUUGAAAAUUAAUCCAAGUACAUUGAAAAUUAAUCCAAGUACAUUGAAAAUUAAUCCAAGUAUAUUGAAAAUUAAUCCAAGUACAUUGAAAAUUAAUCCAAGUACAUUGAAAAUUAAUUCAAGUACAUUGAAAAUUAAUCCAAGUACAUUGAAAAUUAAUUCAAGUACAUUGAAAAUUAAUUCAAGUACUUUGAAAUUUAUCCAAGUACAUUGAAAAUGAAUCCAAGAAGAGCAGUACUAGGUAUUAGACAAAUUUUAGAAAAUGGGACUUGACAAACUGGGGUCCGUUUCUCAAAGUCUUAAUACAGUUUUAUAUAUACUUUUCCAUUAUAGUAACCACCAUGAAAACCUUGCUUGUGAUGGCAUGCUGAGCCCUUGUUACCAUGGUAAUUAUCUUAAUGGCAGAUUUUCCAUAAUUGAUUUAAAGUCAUUUAUGACACAGAAUCCUAGUUGUAAAUAGAAUGAAUUUUAAUCAUGUAAAGUUUAAACUUGAUUUUAAUUGAGCCCAAUGAGAAUCAACCAAAUACUUAAUAUGGAUGAUAUUAGCCAUUAAUCAUCCAGAUAGAAUCAUAUUAAAGCAGCUGGAGUAGGUAUGGUGGAUGAAUUCAGGAGAUAAAAGUGAAUCUUAUGCAAAAUUUAACUUUUGUCACAUUGUUACAGUAUGGAUACUAUGCCGCCAGUGCUUUGAAAUCCAAACUAAAACUGAAACUGAAAUGUAUUGGUGGUGAUUGUUUACCUGAUUACUAAGAAAGCAUGAAUGCUUGUAAGCAAGCAACCAGAGGACCGACGGCUUAAGGUCCUCUCCGAAGGACCUGGUACUAAGGAUUAAUGCCUUACCAAAGGGCACUAGCGCACCAAGUGGGAAUCAAACCCGGGUCACCGGAAUACGAGUCCCCGCUCUACUGACUGAGCUAUCGCGCAUAUGUAAUAUAAUACAUCAUAUUUUUCUAGUGCUCACCAUUUCAUGUUUGGUGAAAAUGGUCAAGGCACUUUGUAGAACACAAGGAAUAAAGAAGCGAGAGAGAUAGAGGUCUUCAUGUCAGAGUAAAAACAGGCUUUGCAUAUUUGAAACCCUGUAGAAAUGUUGGUUUGUCUUUAGCACACGUUUGUUUCCCCAUGAUUCAUUAGAAAGUGGAUCAUGAGGAACGCCCAAAUUUUUAGGCUCUUGGGGCUUGUUUGGGAUAACAAGCAUACAACAGAUUUAUCAUAAAACAUCAAAAUAAGAGUUCAAGUUAGUGUUUUCUUGAUAUGAAGUUACGAGUUUCAUUCUCACUUUGCAGUCCAAGAUCAGUUUAACUUUGUGGAGAUUUUGUAUGAACAGUUCAUGAAUUAUAGAAAUUAAUUCAUAUAGUUGUGAUUUUUCUUUGUCAAUAUACAUUCACAUGUAUUCAUUUUGAGUUGUGAGUUGUGACGGUUGCUAUUUUACACCUGACAUACAAUAUGCUUUGGGGGUACUGUAGGGGUAGGUGCCCAAUUUUAAUGGGAACAAAUGAGAACGACCACCAGGCCCUGUAACCUAGCUUUUAAUCAUACAUAUACAGUGUAAACACAUUUUUUUUUCUUCAGACUUAUACCUUCCCAUAAUAUUAUCACAGACAUACGCAUGGUUUAACUAUAGUUCAGAAUACUGGCUAUAGUGUUCAGCAAUGGUAAGAACAGUGGUCCUAAUGUAUUGAACACACAAUUUACACACUUUGAAUCUCAUAAAGGGUCCAGGGAAAGAAUAUGAAAUCAUUAAUCCAUACAGUGUAAUUGUGUCAUAUAUGACAUCAUACCGAUUUCAUUAUUGCAUCAUGAAGACAAAUUAUGUGAGCUAGUAGUCUGUCCGCGCGAUUUCCGGCUGAUUAUCUGGGUCAUACUUGUUUUCAUUUGUUAAAGGAUUUGAUUGGUUGCCCCUGUGACAAUGUUUUGACGUAUUAUAUGACAUUGAAUUUGUCCACAAAUAUGAUGUAGAGCUUAAAGCUUUGUCUCAAAUGUCUGGAUGAGCUUUUUUCUUGCUGCAUCAGCAGUCGUUCCAUCUGCAAGAAAGUUUCAAUGGUUAAUUUAAACAAAAUUGAAAUUAGUUUUGAGAGCAUUUCAUACAUGAAUGUAUACAAGCCUUAUGAUUAACCAUAGCUGAAAUCAGUUUAUAGUGGCCUUAUUAAUUCCUGAAAUAUAUGUAAGUGAGGGGUUUAAUUUGCGAUUGCAGUGGCUUAUGAAAGAGUUUUUAAAUUAUUAAAAUGGUGGAGGAAAUUCAAUGGGGUUUUUAUUCAGAUUUCUAUGGAGGUUUUUUUUUAUGAGAUGAAUUGUGUAUAUCACAUUGACAUUAAUAUAUGACCCUUCUGAAUAUGAUGUGGAUUUUUAUCUUUAUACAGUAAUUAUAAAUAGCAAUAUUUUGUGUGAUUUAAAAAAAAAUUAAAUUAGUGUGUGCUAAUUUUGAAAAUCCAUCCAGAUUUCAUUAUGUUUUUCACCUUGAAGAUGCUUUAUUACUGAAAUAAAUUUUUUGUGUCAAAAAUUACUAUGCAAAUUUUAAGAUACCAUAAGCGUAUCAUAUCUGUUAGAAUACAAUGUAUUUUUUGUUUUUAGAAAUAGAGUGAGUGCUUUCAGAUUUUAAAUGGAAGCUCCUAUUAUGGAAGUUCCCCAUCUUGCAUCGUAUUGUGAGUUCACUCUAUGUUGCUUUGGAUCAUACUUAAAAAACAUUCCACUGCGAAGUUUGCUCUUUGGUUGCCUUAGCUUUCAGAAUAUUUUACACAUGCACAUACACAAAAAAAACAGGUGAGAUAAAGAUAGUUAGUGUGAUACAUUUGCAUUAUUUUAUUAAACAUAAAAUCCAGCCUAACAAAUUACGGAUAACUUUGCCUUUUAAUAGUCAAAUCUUUUGGUACUGUAGGAGUUUAUUCAACCUACAAUGUUGGAGAAAUUUUACGUAGAAAAGGAAUAUUGAUAUUAAAUGAUAAACAAUGUUUUGCUUUAAUCUGAUCUAAAAAAUAAUCAUUUGAUUUGGGCAAAUAUUCGACCAAUAGAGGGUUGACUUAUUCAAGGUUAUCUGUAUAACCAAAAAGAAAACAACAGCUGAAGUGUUAGGAUGAUUGGUGUGUAAUUUAUUCAUUUGAUUUUAAGCACAUGAGCUAAAACUUGAAAUUGUUUGAUUAGCUUGUAGAGAUAUUGAUAUAUUAAGAUACUAUGAUUCAUAAACUUGUUGAUCUCAACCUUGUUUGAACAGCAUACAAAGUGAAAGAGUAAUUCCCAUGUAAUUCUUAUUGAAUAGAAGUGACAGAGCACCAUUUAAUGGCAUACAUGUAUGUUUUAGAAAUUAAUUUUAUUCUUAUAACUAUAAUCAUGUUUAUUUGCUUGUAUUAUGUCAUCAAAUCAUGUGCAAAUCUUUUUUGUAUGAUAAUAAAUGUGAUCUAUAAGACUA